UAGGAGGCCUGAUCACUGCACAUUUAAAUACCUUGCUUGCUCCAUUCGAUUCAGAUGGUUAUCAGGACAUUUUCUGUAUUAACAGCUGCACUGGCAUUUGAGGAAACCACAAGAUAGGACCCAACAUGGAGCAACCUUCUCAUUUGAUGAAAAUGGAGAAUAUAUCACUGGGUUACGGAUCUAUAAAGGUAUCACAGAUGCAGAUGAAAUGAAUAACAACUUCUUUGCUGAGUUUUCACCUUGGGCUCCACCAGAUCAGCAGCUGAACAUCACUUUAUCAUUAAUAAAAUGGAAGACAAAUAACAAUGAAAUCCCAAUAGCUCAAUGCUCAGCCAAUUGUGCCCCUGGACAAAGGAAGGUGCCAAUACCUGGAGCCAAAACCUGCUGUUAUGAUUGUGCCCCUUGUUCCAAGGGAGAGAUCUCCAACACAACUGCAGCUGCACUGGCAUUUGAGGAAACCACAAGAUAGGACCCAACAUGGAGCAACCUUCUCAUUUGAUGAAAAUGGAGAAUAUAUCACUGGGUUACGGAUCUAUAAAGGUAUCACAGAUGCAGAUGAAAUGAAUAACAACUUCUUUGCUGAGUUUUCACCUUGGGCUCCACCAGAUCAGCAGCUGAACAUCACUUCAUCAUUAAUAAAAUGGAAGACAAAUAACAAUGAAAUCCCAAUAGCUCAAUGCUCAGCCAAAUGUGUCCCUGGACAAAGGAAGGUGCCAAUACCUGGAGCCAAAACCUGCUGUUAUGAUUGUGCCCCUUGUUCCAAUGGAGAGAUCUCCAACACAACUGGUUAUUAAAGAUCGGCAUAGAACACCCUGAGUGCUGACAACGCAUCUGACAUAUCACUAAGUGUCUCAGAAAAGUGCUGAGUACGGUAUGCAGAGUGAGUCUUAAUGGCGCCUCAGGUAUGCUAGAUCAGAUAACUAUGCAUUUUUGUUCACAUUAAUAAUAAUUUUUUUGAUUGUCUUGAGACAAUUGGACAUUGAGUUGGACGUUUAUAUGGACUUUUUUUCCUUUUUUCCUUUUUUCCUUUUCUCCUUUUUAGUCGUUAUUUUUGUCACUGGACUGUUACAAAUUUUCACUGAUUGUAUAUAACAUCCCUGUGAUGUCACGAGGAGAGGGUGGGGCAUGGACUCACACACCCCUUGCUCUCACUUUAAAAGAAAUGGUCAUCAUGUAACACAUGGCUUGAUAAAGGGCCUGGUAGGCCCGAAACGUUGCCUAAUUGUAUGAUGUGGGCUUAAUAAAUUUUGGUACACUUUUUGCAACUUGAACACAGUGUGCUGCUGGUUCCUUUCUACAGGAUCGGCGACAACGGCA